UCGGAUAUCUCCCAACCGGCGGAAAGACGACUCAACUUUGCCGUAGUAACUAAAAGUUCAGCCAACUCAAUUUUGUCCAUCGUGCUAUCGGCGUUGUUUGAGGCCUACGAAGAUUUCUCUUGGUUGGUGGACUACCUGUCCCAGGAGGUGAACCAGACCAUGGCUAUGACUGGAACUUUUGCGCAACUGAAGCGACCGGUCUACAAAUUCAGUGAACUACCUGACGUCAUGCAGGCACACGAACUCCUGCAGACCAAUGUAUCCGCCCCCAGCCACGUAGCCAGUGAGUUGGCUCGCCUCGUGACUUGCGUUUAUAACCUCUUGGGUAAUCUGGUCAAGCAUUACUUGACCUUGAUCCAGCGCAACCUCGGUACGUUCCCGCCUUCCUUUGAGCGGGUGGUUCGCAUUUAUGGACGUCAAGUUAUGCCUCACGCUUAUGCGUUCGUAUAUUACUUACAGAUGUGUGAGUCGGAGAAGGCAAGGCUCCUUUUGGAAACCCAGUCGCUAAAGAAAAGCAAGCCAGGUGUUGCUGCGUCGAAAGCAAAAGUUCGCAAACAUCCUGCGAAACGGAAUGUAAGUAACUUGCUAUCUUGCCUGCCUUUCGAUUGCAACUUUGUUUAA